CUGACGCCUGGCCUUUCAGCAGUGUUGUUAACAGUGGGAACUGAGGGCCCGCAUGCUCCAAGCUGGGGCAGUAGGGGCUCCCCAAGGAGGGGCCGCCAGGGCCCGAGCACCUCUCAGAGGGGCAGGGGCAGCGACCCUGGGCAGUGUGGCCUGAGACUGAAGCCCCAUCUGGCGUAUCCUCCUGCUCAUAAUGAGAAUAGUCCUGUUCCCAUUAGCCAAGAUGAACCUCAUGGACAUCAACAAGAUCUUCUCCUUCCUGCAGCCUGACAAGGAGGAUGAGAACACUGACACAGGGGAGAAGCAGGCUCUCAAUCAAGCAGUGUAUGACAAUGACUCCUAUACCUUGGACCAGCUUUUGCGCCAGAAGCGUUAUAAACGUUUUAUCAACAGCAGGAGUGGCUGGGGCGUUCCUGGGACACCUUUGCGCUUGGCUGCUUCUUAUGGUCACUUGAGCUGUUUGCAAGUCCUCCUGGCACAUGGUGCUGACGUCGACAGCUUGGACGUCAAGGCACAGACACCACUUUUCACUGCUGUCAGUCAUGGCCAUCUGGACUGUGUGCGUGUGCUUUUGGAAGCUGGUGCCUGUCCUGGUGGUAGCAUCUACAACAACUGUUCUCCUGUGCUUACAGCCGCCCGUGAUGGUGCUGUUUCUAUCCUGCAGGAGCUCCUAGGACACGGUGCAGAAGCCAACGUCAAGGCUAAACUACCAUUCUGGGCAUCGAACAUAGCUUCAUGUUCUGGCCCCCUCUAUUUAGCCGCAGUCUAUAGGCAUUUCGACUGUUUCCGCCUGCUUUUACUCCAUGGAGCAGACCCUGACUACAACUGCACCGAACAGGGCCUAUUGGCACGUGUCCCACGGCCCCGUAGCCUCCUUGAAAUCUGCCUCCACCAUAAUUGUGAGCCAGAGUACAUCCAGCUGCUGAUUGAUUUUGGUGCUAACAUCUACCUUCCAUCUCUCUCCCUGGACCUGACCUCACAAGAUGAUAAAGGCAUUGCAUUGCUGCUAAAAGCUCGAGAAACUCCACGGUCACUCCUAUCACAGGCCCGUUUAGUCAUCCGCAGAGCCCUGCGCCAGGCUGGCCAGCCACAAGCCAUUGCCCAGCUGGAUAUUCCUCCUGUGUUGAUUAGCUACCUCAAACACCAACUGUAAUCCUGCAGUCUGCCCAGAAACCACCUGGUGAUCCCAGUAGUUGGAGGGCACUACAGCUCCACCCACUCACCUAGAGCUGCUCUCCUGUAUUAUCCUCCACAAUAAAAUCCUCAACAAAAUAA